GUUAGACCAUAUGUUAAUAUACCGUUCGUGACCUUGUACAUAGAGCGUCACUUGAUUUGAGUUUUCCGGAGACAGCACUUCCUGUGGCAACUGUUUUGCUAUAUAUCUAUUCCUAUUAUUCACAGUUCAUUGCUUCGAUUCAUUUUUAAAAAUUUUGUAUUCUUAUUUUUAAAAUGACUUCGACAAAAAACAAUUAGGAUGUUAAUAUAUUGCCGUUCUAUGUGAUUUCCGUUAAUUAUUGAUAUCUCACGCCAUAAUUCGAAUUUGUGCGUGACUUAUGAUUAUGAACAGCUCUCUGUCCACUUAUAUAUAUGCCUUUCUGCUGUGGAUUUAUUCUGUGCGGUCAAAGACAAUCAAAAUUGACACACAGGAUUGUUUUGGAUUGCCAGAAAAACCAUUCAUUAUCUUCGGUGCAGUGGUUUCACAUACACGUGCGAUCGGCAGAACUCUGUGUUAUUUCCAACCGUCAGACCAAAAUCAGUAUUUGAGUAUUUAUCCUACGAAGUUAAUAUUACCUAGCCAAUUUGGAACGUGUCCAGUUAUACAGAUCAAAGAAUUCACAUCUGUUAGAGAUGAACUAAUUGAUAAUAGUGACGUAAAUAUGAUUAUACCAAUGAAAGUCCCUGAUGAUACUAAGUUAAUUUUUCAAGCCAACUGUACAAAUUAUCUAUCUAUGCUAGAUAAAGUAGUGCAUACGUCAUCAUCAAAUCUGAAAAUACAAAUCUUAUUUGAUCCAGCUAAUUCUGCUGCAUCAGAUGUUGCCUAUCAAUUUGUAAUAUCAUCAUACGUUCUAGGACCAUCAUACAACUGUCCAUCAGAUACAUUUCGUUGUUGGGAUGCGGCUACUAAUUGUAUACCCGAUUCUCUGACAUGUGACACAAUUGCGAAUUGUCAUGAUGGAUCCGAUGAAAAUGGUUAUUUGUGUACUGGAAGAAUCAACGGUAUCCCCAUCCCAUUAUUUGCAAUUAUUAUAACCAUAUCAAUUUUUGGACUUAUUCUCUUGGUUUUAACUAUUGUAUUUGUUAUUCGUAAACAAAGAAAGCAUAAGCGCAAAACAGAGCAAACGUGGAUAGAUAUGACUACACAACCUUCAGCUAACGCACAUCAGUCUCUUCUUACUGAGAGAACAUGACAAACUGACCAGAAAUUCGUAACGAUUUGGGAGGAUGCGAAGAGAAAUUUGUGCAGUCACCAUUCUGCCACAAGAAGCAACUCUUUUAUAUUGGUGUACAUAACUCUAUUUCAAUAGAACACUACUUGUAAUCAAUAUACACGUACAACAACCUCUAUACUUGUAAUAUCUUUGGGUUUCUAUAACCGGUUUCAUGUCCAAUGCUAAACGGUGA